AUGCUCGGCCUCGAUAUUGCGGCGAAGCGGAAACGCAAGAUCUCAGAUUACCCGUACCGGCUGGAAUACCGGACACGAUGGAGCGACAACGACGUCUUCGGGCACAUGAACAACCCGUACUACGGCGUCCUGUGUGACAGCGUGGCGAACCAGUACCUGAUCGAGCGGUGCGGGUACUCGAUGCACCGGUCCCCGCAGGCCGCCAUCAUCGCCCACACCUACUUCGACUACUUCGGCAGCGUCGAGUACCCGGGCGUGCUGGACGUGGGGCUGCGCGUCGCCAAGCUGGGCAAGUCCAGCGUGCUGUACGAGGUCGGCGUCUUCAAACGCGGAGACCCGCAGGUCAAGGCGGUCGGCGGCAGCAUGCACGUCUGGGUCAGUAAUGAUCAGGGUGUGCUGGGGAGGCCGGCCCCCGAGGGCAUGCCGGCCCAUGUGAGGCGUGCGUAUGAGGCGUUGGUGGAGCCCGGGGGAAAGGUGGAGGGAGAGGUCGAUGGGCAGAAGAAGGAUGGAGGGAAGACCAAGGCAAAGCUGUGA